AAAAAGAAACCCGGAAGUAUCCCUGGUCUCUUAGGAACAGUUACUCAAACAUCCGGAAGUACACGGUUGCUUAGCAACAGGCUUCAUAAACGUUGAAGGGAAUCUACCAUCAGUCGCGAGCUUUUAUUUUUUUUACUAUUGGAAUUAAGUUAGGAAAAGUUUUUAAUUUCUUAUUUAAAAAGGUAAUAAUAAAGAUGGAGGGAGCGGGGAGGAGGGAGGAGGAAGGCAAGAGAGAGUCUCCACAUGAUGAGGAGGAACCAGAGGAACCUGAUGAACCAGAGGAAUCUGAUGAACCAGAGGAACCUGAUGAACCAGAGGAACCUGAGGAGCCAGAGGAACCAGAGGAACCUGAUGAUGGUGCAGAGGUUCCUUCUGACAUCAGAGCGUCUCAGCAGGAGAGAUCUACUGAGGAUUUGGAGCGAGAACACGCAGAGUCCAGCGCUGACGUCUCACACACUCACACCACAGCCAGCGUCAUCACACACACACGCUCAGAGCAGGACAGUGGAAGCGCACCAGGACCUCCAUCAUCGUCUCUCCCCCUCACACUGGCCUACAACUCCACAGCGGCUUUCACAGACAGCGAGAGAGACGAGGGAGCGAGACCGAGCCGUGAUGAUGAAGAUGCUGCUGAUGAUGAAGAGGAUGAUGAUGAAGAUGAACUCAUCGUGUUGGAUCCUGAGCACCCUCUGAUGAAGAGAUUACAGUCGACUGUGAAGAACCACCUCAGCAGGCAGCUGGAGAGACUGGUCCUGAAGCUACGUCAGAAGGUGACGGAGGAGCGGGCGGAGAACUCCAGGCGUGAGGAUUUCGGCGUUGGGCUCUACAACGUCCAGCAGGAACUCGCCAGACUGCAGGCCCUUCUGGAGGCCCGACACGAGAGCAGCGCCAAAGCCGUCAGCGACAGGAGACAAGCGCAGGAACAGCUGGAGAACAUCAGGAACCAGUACGUUAGCACAGCGGGACAGGCCAGCAAACACCGCACACAGGUGUCAGAGCUGCAGUCCGAGUUGGACAGUCUCGCUCGGAGUCUGCUCUACAUGCAGGAAGUGACCUCAGACCUGCGCUCGAACGUCGCCGCUAUGAAGAACGCCAAGAACAAGGCGCAGACGGAGAAACGACAAGCGGAACAGCAGAAAUGCCAACAGGAUCUGUAUGUGGAGCGUCUGACGAAGCAGGUGGAGAAGCUGAGGGAGCAGAUCGCUCUGUUCGAGGUGCAGACGCUCGCGCAAACCAACGACAAACAAGCCGCCAGAGACGCCUUAGCCGAGGCUCAACUGGAGUUAGACUCUAUGAUAGUGGAGAGGAAGCAGCUACUUCACCAGUGGAACAACAGCGUGAUGGGGAUGAAGAGGAGAGACGAGGCUUACACCACGCUGCAGGAGGCACUGCGGUCGGCCAAUCACGAUGUGCGUGCUCUGGACACGGAGGCGGAGGCAUACAGGCGCUCCGUCACCCUGGAGCAGGAGCGGAACGAGGCGCUGACGGUGCUGGUGAACCGUGCCGAGCUCAACAGCGCCACCUACAGGAAGCUCCUCACACAGAUAUGCGCAGAGCAGGAGGCGCUACAGAACCUGUACACCACACACACACGCACGCUGCAGGAGACCGAGAAGAGCCUGAACCGAGUGACCACAGAGUGCAGCGCGCAGCAGUCGGAGCUCACCGUCCUGAGGAAGCAGAUGGAGAAGGAGGCGUGUGUGCGGAUGGAGCUGGAGGAGAAGAUCAUGAGGAAGAUGCAGGAGCAGCUCACACACGACAGCGCUGCUAAACACACACACCAUCUCAGCAGCAAGACCACAGCUCAGCACAGAGAGAAGGAAGCCCAGCUUUCGAAGGUUGAGAGUGAGUUAGCUGCAGUGGCGCUGGAGGUCAGUGAGGUGGCGCUGCGUGUCGACGCUCUCUCUCGCCUGCAGCUGGAGCUGGAACAGGAAGUGAUGGAACGGAACCAGCUGCUCUCGACCAAUGAGGCGGCGGUGGCUAAACUCAUCCUCACCAUCGAGCGCAAACAGACCACCAUCAACGUGUGUAACAAGAAGAUCGAGCAGAUCAGGGCAAGCACGGGGCAUGAAGACCUGGGUCCUCUGGAGAUCAAGGUGAGGACUCUGAAUAAGGAGCUGGAGGAGCUCGGAGCCAAGAUGAAGGAGCAGCAUCAGUUCUGGCUGUGGCAGCAGGGGGAGCUAGUGAGACUGAGUGAGGAGAAACAAUCACAGAGCAGCGCAACGCUAACACUAAACACAAAGCUCACCAUCCUGCAGCAGAGGAACCUCCGCACCAAGAGUGAGAUCGAGCAGGAGGAACGUGCUCUGGUUGAGAUGGAGAGACACUCUAAAGUUCUGAGGUUCGACAUGCAGAAGCUGAACUCACUCCUGAACCAGAACACACAGCUGAGACAGGAACUGGAGCAGAGCAACGUCCUGAUGGAGAACAGCUUCAUACACACACUCAAGGAUGCAGAGAGGGAGUCUGUAGAGACGCAGCUGCAUCUAGAGAAGCUCCAGGAGGAAAAAGAGCGAUUACUGAACAGCCUGGUGGAAGCAGAGCGACAGAUCAUGUUGUGGGAGAGAAAAACACAGCUGGCACGUGAGACUCGCUCGGCCGUGGAUUCGGCGGUUGGAAAAGGGGACAUACACACCAUGAAAUCUGAGAUACACCGCAUGGAGGGGCACUACAGCCAGCUGUUGAAGCAGCAGGAGAGGAUGUUGAGGGAGAUGGAGGCGGCUGUCGCUCGGCGUGAGAACAUCGUGACACGCAGCGAGGCUCAGACACGCAGCAACCGCAAACACACCACACACUCCGACCUCCAGAACACACUGCAGAACCUUCGCCGCAACAUCCUCCAGGCACACAAGCAAGCAGAGGAGUGUAAUGGCGUGAUAACACAGCUGCAACAGGAGCAGAGUUCUCUCACUGAGAGUCUGAGAGAGAAGCGGCUGCAGAUCACCGACGCCAGCAACACUAGCUCCGCCCACAUUGAUGACCUCAACAACAUCCAGGAGACUAGAGAGAGAAACCUGACUCGGCUGCUGGUUCUUCAGUCUCGGGUGAAGCAGCUGCAGGCAGUGAAGGAGGGUCGCUACGGCGCCGCAGUGAGCGGAGAAGACGCGCUGCAGCUCGCCAUGCGCACGCAGCAAGAACAACUGAACUCGGUCAGAGACGUUCUGCAGCAGAUCAUCCAGGACUUUCCGCAGCACAAGGCUCUGCUCCACAGGAUCAGACUCCUCCUCUCUGCACACACACGCUCGGGCCUGGAGAGAACCUGACGCCCGUCUUCAGACCUUCUAAUUUCCGUCCUCACUCUAGAACUUUCUGUGUGUUAGACGAGUAUCAGCGUUCAGAGAAACCUGCUGUUCCACUCCUCGGUUCUUUGUGUGAGUACGGCAGCGGGAGGGCGUGUCCCAAUUCCCACCGAGCUCUAAUAAAAGUGAACUUGUUUAGCGAAGUGCGUUUGUUGAUCUCUCGCUAUCGUAUAACACGGACAGAACCGAGAACCGAGCCUCUCCUGGGAGAACUGCAUCCACCAGCUGUUGUCUGCUGUCCAAGAUCUCACACAGAACCCACAUUAUUCCUGAGGCUCCUUUCAGACGAGGCAAAAAAAACCCUUAAAAAAUAAAACACAUAUUCUACACAUUCUGCAGAGUCGAGCAAAAAUUAUAACCUGUAAAUGUUUGUUCUGACAACGACAAUUUUUAAAUUCCAGUGCCACAGCAGCGUUCUAGAACAUCUAACAUUUAAAACCAGCUAAUAUUCUAGAACAUCUAAUAUUUAAAAAACAGCUAAUAUUCUAGAACAUCUAACAUUUAAAAACAGCUAAUAUUCUAGAACAUCUAACAUUUAAAAAACAGCUAAUAUUCUAGAACAUCUAACAUUUAAAACCAGCUAAUAUUCUAGAACAUCUAACAUUUAAAAACAGCUAACGUUCUAGAACAUCUAACAUUUAAAACCAGCUAAUAUUCUAGAACAUCUAACAUUUAAAACCAGCUAACGUUCUAGAACAUCUCACAUUUAAAACCAGCUAACGUUCUAGAACAUCUCACAUUUAAAACCAACUAAUAUUCUAGAACAUCUAACAUUUAAAACCAGCUAACGUUCUAGAACAUCUCACAUUUAAAAAACAGCUAACAUUUUGAAACAUCUAACACUAUAAAACAACUAACGUUCCAGAAUUCUAACACUCUAGAACCCUGUAACAUUUUUGCACAUCUAGCAUGCUACAACUUCUAACAUUCUAGAACAUGUAAUAUUUUGAAACAUCUAACAAUCUAAAACAUCUAACAUUCUAGAAGUUCUAACACUCUAGAGCACUGUAACGUUUUUGCACAUCUAGCGUGCUACAACUUCUAACAUUCUAGAACAUCUAACAUUUAAAAAAGCAGCUAACGUUCUAGAACAUCUAACAUUCCAGAAUUCUAACACUCUAGAACCCUGUAACAUUUUUUGCACAUCUAGCAUUCAAGAACAUCUAAAAUUUUAUAAACAUCUAUCAGUUUGAAACCUAUCACUCCAGAACAUCAUAGUAAUAUUUUCUGGAUGUCUUUUGUGCUACAACAUCUAACGUUCUAGAUCUAGAGCAUCUAACUUCAUUUUGAAACUUCUAACAUUGACUAUAUUUGCACAUUGUAUCGUUCUAGAACAUCUAACCCUGCAAUAUUUUUGCACAUCUAGCACGCUGCAACUUCUAGAACCUCUAAUACUGUAAUAUAUCUGAGCAGCUCGUGUGAUAAAACAUCUACCAGUUUAGAACAUGGUAUCUAAGAUAUUUUAGAUUUCAGCCAAAUGAAAUUAAAAAGAUAUUAAAAUGAAAUUAGCUCUCAGAUACGUUCUCAUGGAUUUUACUCUAGAACUGGACGCACCGUGUACACUGUACACGCCUCUUUCACACGCUGCUGUUCUGCACAAGCCAGAUCCGACAUCCGGUUUAUCAACAUUGCGUUCAUAUUCGGCGGUAAGACGCUAGAGAAGAACCGACAUCAAACUACCGUGUCAGCUAAACACACGUCACUGAGGGCGGAGCUUAAAUGAAAUUAACAACAAAAACAUUUCACGUGUUAAACAACAAUCAGUUAAAUUUAAUUUCAGCUCUCGGAGAUAACGCAGCUCUCAUUUCAGCUAAAAAAAAAGUGAAAAUGUAUUUAAUAUAUAAACAAAUAUAUCUUAAUAUUCCUUAUAUUGAGAUUCCUAUCACAUCUGAAGCUUAAAUUUAAAGCUUUCUAGAAAUAAACAUUUGAAAUAUACAGAAUUAUCUGCC